UGCCACAUUGUGAUCCCUCCCCGGCCCGCCCCCGGGAAGGUUCUGGGCGUGCGCGGUGCAUUGUGGGGGGCCGGGAGCGAGCAGCCGCCGCGAUGAUGCCAACACCGGUUAUCCUGCUGAAGGAGGGCACGGACACCUCGCAGGGCAUCCCGCAGCUGGUCAGCAACAUCAACGCCUGCCAGGUGAUCGCCGAGGCCGUGCGCACCACGCUGGGCCCACGCGGCAUGGACAAGCUCAUCGUGGAUGACAGGGGCAAAGCCACCAUCUCCAACGACGGGGCCACCAUCCUGAAGCUGCUGGACGUCGUGCACCCGGCCGCCAAGACCUUGGUGGACAUUGCCAAGUCCCAGGAUGCCGAGGUGGGUGAUGGCACCACGUCUGUGACCCUGCUGGCAGCUGAGUUCCUGAAGCAGGUGAAGCCCUACGUGGAGGAGGGGCUCCAUCCCCAGAUCAUCAUCCGCGCCUUCCGCACGGCCACCCAGCUGGCUGUGAACAAGAUCAAAGACAUUGCUGUCUCUGUGAAGAAGGAGGAUAAAGAUGAGCAGAGGAGUCUCCUGGAAAAGUGUGCAGCCACAGCCCUGAGCUCCAAGCUCAUCUCCCAGAGCAAGGAGUUUUUCUCCAAGAUGGUUGUAGAUGCUGUGAUGAUGUUGGAUGACUUGUUGCAGCUCAAGAUGAUCGGGAUAAAGAAAGUGCAAGGAGGAGCUCUGGAAGACUCACAGCUGGUGGCUGGAGUUGCCUUUAAGAAAACCUUCUCCUACGCUGGCUUUGAGAUGCAGCCCAAGAAGUACCAGUCCCCCAAAAUCGCCCUGCUCAACGUGGAGCUGGAGCUCAAGGCUGAGAAGGACAACGCCGAGGUCAGGGUCAACACGGUGGAGGACUACCAGGCCAUCGUGGAUGCAGAGUGGAACAUCCUGUAUGACAAACUGGACAAAAUCCACAAGUCAGGGGCCAAGGUGGUGCUGUCCAAGCUGCCCAUUGGGGACGUGGCCACGCAGUACUUCGCAGACAGGGACAUGUUCUGUGCCGGCCGUGUCCCCGAGGAGGAUCUCAAGAGGACCAUGAUGGCCUGUGGGGGAUCCAUCCAGACCAGUGUCAAUGCCCUGUCAGAUGAUGUGCUGGGCCGCUGUGAGCUCUUUGAGGAGACCCAAAUUGGGGGAGAGAGGUACAACUUUUUCACGGGCUGCCCCAAGGCCAAGACGUGCACCAUCAUCCUGCGCGGGGGCGCCGAGCAGUUCAUGGAGGAGACCGAGCGCUCCCUGCACGACGCCAUCAUGAUCGUCAGGAGGGCCAUCAAGAACGACUCGGUGGUGGCGGGCGGCGGCGCCAUCGAGAUGGAGCUCUCCAAGUUCCUGCGGGAUUACUCGCGCACCAUCCCGGGCAAGCAGCAGCUGCUGAUCGGCGCCUACGCCAAGGCCCUGGAGAUCAUCCCCCGGCAGCUGUGCGACAACGCCGGCUUCGACGCCACCAACAUCCUCAACAAGCUGCGCGCCAAGCACGCCCAGGGCGGGAUGUGGUACGGCGUGGACGUGACCAACGAGGACAUCGCUGACAAUUUCCAGGCGUGCGUGUGGGAGCCGGCCGUGGUGCGCAUCAACGCUCUGACGGCCGCCUCGGAGGCCGCGUGCCUCAUCGUGUCCGUGGACGAGACCAUCCGCAACCCGCGCUCCAGCGUGGAGCCUGCCGGGGCUGCCGGGGCCCGCGGCCGUGCCCGUGCCCGGCCCCACAACCACUGAGAGCUCCUGGAAACCCACGGGCAUCGGCAGCUGCUCCUUCCCCUUCCCGGGGCUGGCGGCCCCGCAGCCACCGAAAGCUCCUGGAAACCCACGGGGAUUGGCAGCUGCUCCUUCCCUGGCCAAGGGUGACAGCCCCACAGCCACUGAGAGCUCCUGGAAACCUGGGGGAACCAGCUGCUGCUCUGCCCCUGCAGAGAGCCCGGCCCCACAGCCACUGAGGGCCCCAAGAAACCCACUGGGAUGAGCAGCUGCUCCUUCCCUGGCCAGGGCUGGCAGCCCCAUGGGCACUGAGCAGCUGCUCCUUCCCCUGGCCAAGGGUGACAGCCCCACAGCCACUGAGAGCUGGAAACCCACGGGGAUCAGCAGCUGCUCUGCCCCUGCAGAGAGCUGCCAGCCCCACAGCCACUGAGAGCUCCUGGAAACCUGCGGGGAUCGGUGGCUGCUCUGCCCCUGCAGAGAGCUGCCAGCCCUGGGCUGGGGGCAGUCACAGGCAGCUCCUGGCACUGGCAGCUGCAGCCCUGGAGCUGCCCUGCCUGGCGCUGCCUCACUGGCCUGGGCAUUCCCUCGGGAGCCUUCCCUCCUCAGGACCCUUCCUUCCCCAGGCUCCUUCUCUCCUGGGGACCCUUCCCUCCUCAGGAGCAUUCCCUCCCCCGGGCUGGAGCCAGCACAGGCAGGCUCUGGGGCCUAUUUAUACUGGUUUGUGUUUUGUUCUGCUGGGCAGUUUGAAGCCAGGCUCCAGCACAAUAAAACGAGUUGGUCUCAGUG